AUGUCGUUGAUUAAUUUCAAAAAGAUUCUUUCAUGUUCCGACGAAGAUCAAGUACACUCUGCUAAAAACCUACUCAAAGCAGAUCCAGCUAAAAAAUGGCUUUCAUCGAAAAAACCUGAAGAACGCAUCACGUGCACUAUUGAAUUCGAUAAACUCAGCUGUAUCUCGUCUAUUGACAUUGGAAACAAUGGAUGUGCAUUCAUUGAAUUAUUAGUUUCUCGUUUAUCAUCGAAAACAGAUGACUGGACUGUUCUUUUACCUUCAACUCUACUGAUGACACCGAAAGAAUCACGCACAAAUACAAAUAAUCAACAAGCCAGAUCUUUCAAAGCUUUGCAUCUGAAUCCAAAGAGUGUAAAUGAAAAAUGGGUUCGAUUGAAAAUUAUUUGUGAACAAAAAUUCGCUCGUAAUCGUCCAUUUGGUUUAAAUUAUAUAAAACUAUACUCUAAUGACAGUGAGCAGAUUGAUAUCGACGAUGAAGAUGAAACCGAAACUGAACAGAAGAAGAUUGGUUCGUUCUUUGCAAAAAAGCAAUCAGAAAAGAAAACAAAAUUAAUUUCAAACGAUACCGUUCAAUCGAAAGAUGAACAGGGUGAUAAAUCACACAUUAUGAAAAACAUCGUUUUCACUCUCAGUGGCUUUCAGAAUCCUCUGAGAUCUGAAUUACGCAACAAAGCCACCGCUAUGGGCGCUAUGUAUCAUGACGACUGGACUGACAAAUGUACACAUCUUAUUUCAGCAUUUCCCAACACACCGAAAUUUACCCAAGUUCAAAAGGCAGGAAAUGGUUUUAUCGUUAACAAACAAUGGAUACUUGAUUGUUAUGAUCAAAAUCGAUUACUACCGGAGAAAUCUUAUACAUUCAGUCAAGCGCCUGAAACAAAGAAGCGAAAACUAAAAGACGAAGGAGAAUUUUCGGAAAAAACUCCUGCAAAGAAGAAAUCAAUUAGUAAAAAAGAACUAAAUAUUGGUGAAAUACCUGAUUUCUUUCAUGAUAAACAUUUCUAUGUAUCAUAUGGAGAUUAUGAUGAUAACACUCUCCUCGACAUAACACGAGUCAUUCUCGCUUACGAUGGUAUUUUAGACAGGCAAAUCACCAGUGAUGUUAUGUAUGUAAUUACUAAUCGAAUGUGGAACCAAGAUUUUGAAAAAAUUUCGAAGUCAAAUCCAGAUAUCAAUUUUGUAAAUCUCGAUUGGUUGCAGGAUUGUCAUGACACCAAUCAGUUCGUUCCACUUCAAUCGUAUCUAAUUGUUCCUUAG